AUGAAGCCUGGAUUCUUUCGUGGCGUGUACGCAGGCUUCUUGUUGGCACAAUGCCGCGGAGAUCAAGAUGCAAGUUGGAGUUGCAAUGUUGCAGAUGAGGGCCGCCUGUCCACUUGGCAAAUCAUGAAGAAGGGAAUGUGGGAUCGUGUUCGUGAUGCCAAGAUUGUAUCAAUGCAUCCAAACUUGUUGAUGCAAUCGGCAAUGGCUUUAGAAUCGCCAAGCACAGCCCACCAGUGUCCACUGGGAGUAUUGGCAUGUCGUUUGUUUCUUUUGGACAUAAUACCGGAUUUCUUCUCCCGCCAUGAUGAUGAAGAUGUCGUUGCCAUUUGGAUGAAAGUGCUGCUGCACGAGAUUCUAGAUACCCCCUGGCAAAGAAUUGUGCAAUCUGGAUGGCCGAUCUUUGGACUUCUGGCCCGUCUUGCCAAGCAGCAGUUCUCAAACUUUACGAAGACCGCAGCUGAGAACAUUUGGCAGCAGAUGCCCUGGGAACCAGUUCUGGCAGGUUCUGAUGUGGAGAAAGCGCAGACGAUUCUCAAGUCUGCAGGCAAUUUGAUGGAGACGUUCCUUCAAGAUGGUUCGAGCGCAUUCUGGUUCAGACUCUCCUCUUACACUGAGGAACAUAUUUUCCGUACUGCCCUCCAGCUCGGGCCAGUGAACGCAGAGGCAGAGACAGUGAUUUUAUAUUUCCUGCGCAACCUUCAAGACGAGUUUGGUGGAUUCUCUGGAUCAAUGGAUUCAUUCUUCCAGCGAAUUUUGGUGUGGUUUCCCGGUCAUACUCUUUUCAACAUGAGGUGUUGGGAUGUUGGUGCGGCACCCUGGCCGGACGAGUCAAAUCGCCGCGACCGCGAUGUGUGGGAGAUCUGCAGGAGCUCCGGUCUUCAGACGGAAGCUUUCGAACCAUCCCAGAUUGGCUUCGACCGACUGCAAGCCGCUGCAUAUCAACUCAACCCGCCGGUAAGGCUGCAUCAGCUGGCCGUGUCGAACACAACGGGCCAAAGUGGCUUCAAUCGCGGUGGCCAGGUUACGGGGUCUCUCGGCCGGCGUGGCUGCGGGCAGUGGGUGAGCACAGACGAGUGCCAGGAUCCAGGCACUUGGGAGCAUGUACAUGUCACGACAGUGGACAAGCUGCUGGGAGAUGCCACCCUUGAUAUUCUGAAGGUUGAUGUGGAGGGUCACGAGUGGCAGGUUCUGCAAGGUGCCAAGUUGGCACUUUCAACCGCAAGGAUUGGUCUUGUGAUAGUCGAGUACGGUGACAAGUGGUCGGGCGACACAUCCCAGGCUGCGCGGGAGUACAUGUCAAAGCAUCAUGCCGCACCGCAGGCCGGUGCUGCUGAGCCAACACUGAAUCUCGUCGUGCGCUUCAUGGAAUCCAUGGGAUAUGAAGGCUUCUUCGUCGGCUCAAAGACUGCCGUGCCUAUCACUGGAGCAUAUUGGCACGCUGUUUACGACAUCUGUUUGGCGCCUCAUCGUAUUUGUUACACUGGUGUUGGCCAGAUAUGCUGGUUCGAUGUAGCCUUCGUCCACCGAAGGCACUCCCUCGCAGCUGCUGUCAAGCAGUUUUCGUGGCCGCACGUCCAGUUCCUGGAAUUCUGCUUCGAAUGGCUCCCACAGUCGAGGGUGCUUUCCCGACCACCUCCACGAUCAGCACCAGCCAAGCCAAUACCUCUCAAGGAGCAGGCGCAGCCAAAAGUGUGCAAAUUUCCCAAAAGGCCUGCAGUCGGAAAAGUUCGCCCGCCGCAGCCGAAAGCACUUCCACGGGUAGAGCAAAGCUUGCAACUUCCAGUCAUGCCACUGUUGCAACUCAGCAAAGCUACCGGGCAGUCCUUGAAGAGGCCUCAACCACCAGCUCUACCUCCCGGGCAGCUCCCCCGUCCUCCGCAGGAGCCCCCGCCAGUUGGCCAUCUGAUUGCGAGGAGCAAGAAUGCAGUGCCCGAGCCUGCCUUGACAGGCUCAGGCUUUUCGGAGCUUUCUCGGCAGUUACCCGGCACGAUUGGGCCUUUUGGCUUAACCCUUCCGGAGCUACCACCCCUGCCACAGGGCAAUCUGAAGGCCAUCGCUGACGGGAUGCCAAUGCCUGCACCACCGCCGAAGGGCGCUGCAGGGCCAAGGCCUCCCAAGACGCCUCCACCGAUGAACAAAAUGUUUUUUGUAACUCCGAAGGGCGUGCAGAUGGCAGUGCCGCCGGUGCCAGCAUUGCCCAGUUCACAGCCGAGGACACACCCACCACUUCCAAAGCUACCGCCAGUGAGGCAAACAGCCCAACUCAGUACUGUGAGGUCAGGCGGAGACUCAGCACGAGUUCAGCCUCCGCCUCCGCCGCCGCCGGUGCCGCCCAUUCGGUCAUUGGGCAAAAGCGCAGGCAUCUCGCUAGCCGAUGCUUUCCCUGCAGCACCUCCAACGCCGCAGGGUAAUCCAUCAGCACGAAGCGAGCUUAUCAGCGGCAUACUGCCUGGCACCGUUGGACUGGAAAGGGAGUUGCCCGAGGUCGUUGAGCCUGCACCUCCUGAAGAUGUUGAAGUGCCUGAUAGAUCAGCAAGCUUGGUGCUGGAUCCUGAACACACCAUGCCGGCACCACAUGAGACUCAGAGGGAGGCAUCCUCCUCCCCCAGCCCAAGCCGCCGGCGCCGACCUGUGAUCGCGUCUUCGUCCACGACCGGUGAGGUGGAUCUGCCGCACACACCGUCACCGAUGCCAAAAGCACAAGCCCAGAUGCCGCUGUCUCUCCCCGGCACCAUGAAGGCCCCCCCAUCGCAUUCUAAUGCCUUGUCUGUGCCAAGGUUCCCAAUGCCGAUGAGCUUGUCACAAUCCAUAAACUUGCCACCAGCUUCAGACACCUCUCCGCUUCGUUUUGCCGGAAGCUUGAGGCUGGAUGUGCCAAAGCAAGCCCCGCUGGACGUACCUUCCUCCGUCCUUUUGAGAGUGCCGCAGGUGCAGAAGCAUUCCAGCAGUUCGUCGGUUCCUCCGCCACCUCCACCUUUAGUUCCGCCGCCCACUGGGCCAAAGCGUCAUGGGGCUGACAUGGCACCUAUUCCGCCAGAGAGUGAUGAGCCCUUAAUAGCAGUGAGGAAACUGAACAUAGUUCGCCCGGGGCAAGUUUCGACCAGCUCGCGAGCACCACAACCGCCUCCAAACAUGCCGGGCAAAGCCACGUUGUUGCCAACUCCGCCGGCAGGCCCGCCGCCGGCACACGCGAUUGUUUUGGCAAAGGGAAGGCCGCAGGAUUUUGCCAGUGGCAACGUCGACUUGCAGGCAGUGGUCUCGAAAGCAAAGCCUCCUGCACCUUUGGUGCACCCUCCAUCUGAGCCGCUGCCUUCCUUUGUCUACCGGGCGCCGUCGCAGGCAUUGCAGUCGAUUGCCGAUGCAAGGGGCAAGUCGCCCAAGGCUUCUGCUCUCGAGCCGUUGCCACCGAAGGCGCCGCCUGCGAACGAAAGUCUGGCAUUUGCUGCCUUGCCGAACGUGGCAAGGGAGUACGUGCCACCUGAGCAAGGCCCAAGGCCAGUACCGGAGGUGGUGGUGAAGGUCAGUGUUUGGAUUGUCUACGUGUUUGUGUUCUGGAUUUUCGUUCACAGCGUCGCGAUCAUUGCCUUGUACGGAGUGUACAUGUCAAACAGACAUAUCUGGGCAACAUAUGCGGCCACGUUCUGCGGUUGUUUGCUUAAUUUUGGGAUCCUGGAGAGCAUGAAGUGCGUCAUCCUGGGGUGCGUGGAGCUGGUAAAGCAUGAGACGGUCAAGAGACAGGCCGAGCUAGAUGCAAGAAGAACUCGCAUGGCACUUAAAGAGCAGCGCCAGCUAGAGCGACGUGCAAGAAUGCAGGAAAGUCAGAAGAUGCAUGCGCCACCUCCCUUGAUGGGCUGA